GUAGAAGGGGAGAGGGCAGGGCAGUCCCAGCUCAGUCCCGGCCUUUCCUACCGCUUGUACCGGAGGCCCCGCUCCAUCCCCGGCCUUUCCUAUUCGCUCCGCCGGGCCCCUCGUCUCCUUCCGCCGCUCCGCCCCCCACGGCCCGACAUCAUGGACUGGAUGUGGCUGCUCUCCGGGGCCUGUAUCGUCUUCACCCUGGGGAUGUUCUCCAGCGGCCUGUCAGACCUGCGGGUGAUGGUUGCCAAGCGGAGUGUAGAGAAUAUUCAGUUCCUGCCGUUUCUGACUACAGAUCUGAAUAACCUGGGCUGGUUCUAUUACGGGUACCUGAAGGGAGAUGGGACCCUCAUUAUAGUCAACUUGAUUGGCGCCUCGUUGCAGACCCUGUACAUGGCGGCGUAUAUACUGUACUCACUUGAGAGGCGCUACGUUGUCAGUCAGGUCCUGGUGUCGCUGGGGGUUCUGUUUCUGGCCCAUUGUUACUUCACCCUCUGGACCCCCGAUAUCAACUCGCGCCUGAACCAACUGGGCCUGUUCUGCAGCAUCUUCACCAUAAGCAUGUACCUCUCCCCACUGGCCGACCUGGCCCAAAUCAUAAAGAGCAAAUCGACCAAGUGCCUCUCCUUCCCGCUGACUGUGGCCACGUUCCUCACCUCCACUUCCUGGGUGCUGUACGGCUGGGUGCAGAGCGACCUGUAUAUCACGGUGCCCAACUUCCCUGGCAUCGUGACCAGCUUGCUGCGCUUCUGGCUCUUCUCCCGGUACCCCCCAGACCAGCCUGCCUAUAGCCUCCUGUAAGCCUAAUAUUUGCCCCCGGGCAAACACAUCUACGGGAUCUUCAGCCAAGUGCCUUUCUACUGCACCCAAGUGCCAAUACCCCCCACCCCUGGGCAGAUACUUGGCCCUGCUCUAUGAUGCUGCAUAAAAUAAUGUAUGGUGAUGGUGGUGAUGGUGAGGGAUACAGUGCCCAUCAGCCCCGUGCCCCCCGGCAUGGAAGGGGUUACUCCCAGCUCCAGGAUUAGUUGUGUAGCCACAAUAACCCCCUCCCGCUGACUCAGCAUUUGCCCCUAGCUCCGCGCAUCAGCACUUUACUGGCGGCUGAGUCAGGGCCGGGUCUCUGCACCACAGCUACACAAACAGCCAGGGGCCCCAGGGAGCCGGCCGGGCCCCCCCAGCAGGAAGCACAAGGAGAGGUCCGUGGCCACAAAGGGAAGAGACUGACCCCAGGUCACUACUGACAGAUACUGACGUGUGAAUGAGCCCCCAGCACCUCCGUGUAUGGAACAUUCCACCCCCCCCCCAAACUGGGCGGCUCCUACGGGGCUCGGGGAGUUAGGGACCCAGAUCUCUUACACUGUGCAAUAGCGGGGCCCCCAAUCACUGUGCCUUCAUUUACUGGUUGGUGGGAAUACUUACCCUUUAAUUAAGUGCCCGACUCCUCGUGCCUUUUUGUAAUAAAUGAUAAGUUUGUACUU